GGGCACGGCCGGCGGCGCACUUCCGCCCGCGCGCGUCGUCUCCCCGUGGACGGCUGGGCCUCGCUGCGGGCCUGCGCCUCCCUCGGCUCUUGCCGCGGGUCUCGGGGAGUGGGGUGACUGACUAAUUGAUCAGGGAAUUACAGAAGGAUGCCAGCUAAUAACUACAGAAGGAAUGAGAGAAUAUCACCUUGGCAACCCCUAAUGAAAUCAUUGAUCCUGGAAAUGAUCAUUAGUGGCCGUUAACGUCAGAAAAAGAGAGACAGCCAGACAGCGUGUGCUCCCUGAUGGAAGUACCCAAUAGUACCACUUGUCUAGUGUUCUUAGACGAUGGGUGAGGGAUAAAGAUGAAACAGGAUUGACUGGUAGAAGAUGUCUAUGGAUGUGACAUUUCUGGGGACAGGCGCAGCAUACCCAUCCCCAACCCGGGGUGCCUCUGCUCUGGUCCUUCGGUGUGAAGGCGAGUGCUGGCUCUUUGACUGUGGGGAGGGAACCCAGACACAGCUUAUGAAAAGCCAACUUAAAGCAGGGAGAAUUACUAAGAUCUUCAUCACGCAUCUUCAUGGAGACCAUUUCUUUGGCCUUCCUGGCCUCCUCUGCACAAUCAGCCUGCAGAGUGGCUCCAUGGUCACCAAACAGCCGAUCGAAAUCUAUGGCCCUGCAGGGCUUCGAGACUUUAUCUGGCAAACCAUGGAACUUUCUCACACGGAGUUGGUCUUCCCUUAUGUGGUCCAUGAGCUGGUGCCUACAGCGGAUCAGUGUCCUACAGAAGAACUGAAAGAAUUUGUACACGUGAAUAAAGCAGACAACCCUCCCAAAGACGGACAAGGAAGAACUAUCCUGUUAGACUCAGAAGAAAACUCAUACCUCCUGGUUGAUGAUGAACAGUUUGUUGUGAAAGCAUUUCGCCUCUUUCAUCGAAUACCCUCCUUUGGAUUUUCAGUUGUGGAGAAGAAACGCCCAGGUAAACUCAAUGCACAGAAACUGAAAGACCUUGGUGUUCCGCCAGGUCCUGCCUAUGGGAAGCUGAAAAAUGGAAUUUCUGUUGUUCUGGAAAAUGGAGUUACAAUUUCUCCCCAAGAUGUCUUAAAAAAGCCUAUUGUUGGAAGAAAAAUCUGCAUUUUGGGUGACUGUUCUGGGGUUGUGGAUGAUGGAGGAGUGAAGCUGUGCUUUGAAGCAGACCUGUUGAUCCACGAAGCAACCCUGGAUGACACCCAGAUGGACAAAGCAAAGGAACACGGCCACAGCACGCCACACAUGGCAGCAGCAUUUGCAAAGCUGUGCCAAGCAAAGAGGCUCGUUCUGACUCACUUCAGUCAGAGGUACAAACCAGUUGCCUUGGCCAGAGAAGGAGAAACAGAUGGGAUCGUAGAGCUUAAAAAGCAAGCUGAAUCAGUGUUAGAUCUCCAAGAAGUGACUCUAGCAGAAGAUUUUAUGGUGAUUGGCAUUCCAAUCAAGAAAUGAAGCCAGCGUUCCUGAAUGCAUCCUGAUGUGUCUGUGAAUAUGUUACUGAACCAACAGUCAAGUUUGUUGUUGUUGUCGUCGUCGUCGUUUUGGUCUAAAAUUAUUUGGGUCCUAACAGUCCUAACAAGGAUGGCGCUGCAUUGCUGAACUAACUCAGCAUUGAGAAGGGAGCAAGCUUUGUGAUAAUAAAUCACUUUAAAAAGAAUAAAACCAGAAUCCUUCUUCAAGUCCACACUUGACAAAAUGAUAGACUAUUCAGGUGUACAUGUUUUGUGGCUGCUGCCUCAGAGGGUAGCCAAUACGCCAUGCAAUCCUGGGCUUAGCUUCUGCCCGGCUUUAUUGCUGUUGUUGGCAAAGCAGUAGCAGGGCUUGGCCCUCCUGGCUAAAAAUGGUAUUUUGGCAGUUUGUGUUGAAUCUGUUCAUGUUAUUAACAGAAUAGAGAGAAAUGUAAUGAGACAUUGGAUAUGAAGGAUUGAAGCUGGCACGUUAAGUCUUGAAUUCUUUGCUUGAAUACUGAAUGCAGAGUCAGGCGAGGUGUUUAUCCUCCAAUUAAUAUCUUAUUGAACUUUCCAGUUUGCUUUAAACCUGUGGUUCUCAGUUGGAGGUGAUACUCUCCCUUAGAUGGAAUUUUGAAAUUGUGGGGAUGUCUCUUGUCAAAACUAAGGGGGGUUACUACUGGUAUUUAGUCAGUAGGGGCCAGGAUGCUAGAUCCUACAAAGUUUGGUGAGUCCUAAACAGUGAAGAAUUAUCUCAUCCCAAAAUGCAUAUUGCAGGCCUGCUGAGACACACAGCAAGUUAAAACUUAUACUCCCACUGUGAAUAUACUUUAUAAAAAUUAGUGACAUCCUGAGUUGAACUACGAGGUAAGUCAAAUUCUACAACAAAUCCUAAAAAACUAGCUAAGUGAAUAUGUUGGAAUUGGAACGUCAUAUCAAAUAUUAUUUGUCAGAAAUGAGCUAUGAGCUGGAGCUUAUGAAUCUGUAGGUUAAAAAAUGAUACCUGUCCAACUUGCGUUUAUGCUUUCCAAUAAAUCAUUCUUUGAGCACAA